AAUAAUAUUAAAAGCAUUUGAUUGUGCAAUUUCUAAUGAACUUUUUAAGAUGAUCUAAAUUAAAUUGUAAAGAGACAUAAAUUUCAAAAUUGGAUACAUGAUUGAAAGUAAGUAGGCUAUACUUGAUUCAGUCUAGUUUUUCUACAAUAACAUCAUGUCUUGGUGAUGUCAGUGGUCUGUCUUAUCUCACUCCGAGAAAAUAUGUCACUAUCAAUCGAUGGUGACAAUCGUUUACAAAGAGGCUCAAUCAACAAACUGCAAGGAAGUUUUUCAUCGACCGACUCAGUUGAGGUGCACAGAAAUGCUUCAGACCUUGGCGUGCAUCAAAACUCGCCACAGAAAACGCGCAAGGCGAAGAGAAUAAAAUUUCUUUGCAACGGCGACAAAUAUUGUAAAGGCGUUACAAUGGCUGUAACCCCAGAACGGUAUCGAUCUUUUGAUAGUCUUUUAACUGAUCUCACUAGAGCUCUUUCUAACAAUGUAAACCUUCCCAGUGGAGUUCGAACUCUGUUCACAAUGGACGGCCGAAAGGUAGCUCACAUCGACGAUUUAGAAGAUGGCAAGCAUUACGUGUGCUCUGGCAUGGGAGACUCUUUCAAGCGCGUAGACUAUUUUGUUAAUGGAAAUAACAUAAACUCAGCUAAGGUGAAACCUGCUAGGUCGUUGACUAGACUGAGUGGCAGCAAUAGUCCAUGCAUUAGUGUGCGCUCUCCCACACCAACCACUGUUGUACGGCCCAAAAUAAUAAUUGUUGUUAGAAAUGGCACGCGGCCUCGGAAGGUGAUGAGACUUCUACUAAAUAAAAGAAAUGCUCCUUCGUUUGAUCACGCUCUUUCUACUAUUACUGAGGCUGUCAAGUUGGAUACAGGUGCUGUGAGAAAAGUCUUCACCUCCACGGGUAAACAGGUGAUCAAUUUACAAGACUUUUUCACUAGUGAAGAUCUCUUCUUUGUAUAUGGUUCUGAACGAUCGAAUCAGUUUGAUUUUGAAUUUGACUUUGAAGAACUUAGAUCAAUCCAAGCCCAAAGAAGAGGCCUCAGAAGAACUGGAGGAGAGUUGAAGUCGGGCACCCACUGUUUGGAUGAACUUGGUCGUGGUGUACCAAAACUACCAAAUAAAACGAAAGCUUUCAAAGUUUCAAAAAGACAAGACUCAAAUAAUCUGAGUAUACCAAAUAAAGUGCUUAGCAAGUAUUCUGUGGGAUUUGUGAUAGGGGAUGGCAACUUUGCAGUUGUGAGACGGUGCUGUGACAAGACUAAAAACAUAGACUAUGCUUUAAAAAUAAUUGACAAAUCCAAGUGCGCUGGGAAAGAACACAUGAUUGAGAACGAAGUUUCAAUUCUGCGAAGUGUGGAGCAUCCUAACAUCAUACGUCUCAUCGCAGAGCAUGAUACUGCCAAAGAGUUGUAUCUAGUCAUGGAACUCGUCAAGGGAGGAGAUCUAUUCGAUGCCAUUUCGAAAGCAGUGAAGUUCGCAGAAAGUGAUGCUCAGGUGAUGACUCACAACCUGGCAUCAGCAUUGACCUACUUGCAUGAGCAGAACAUUGUGCACAGAGACAUCAAACCAGAAAAUUUGUUGGUUGAAAUGGAAGGCAAUACUGUGAAAUUAUUGAAAGUUGGUGAUUUCGGACUGGCACAGCGUGUGACUGGACCACUCUUCACUGUUUGCGGCACCCCAACUUAUGUCGCUCCGGAAAUAUUGACCGAAGUUGGCUACGGCUUGAAAAUUGACGUGUGGGCAGCUGGAGUGAUCCUGUACAUCCUGCUGUGUGGCUUUCCGCCGUUCGUCAGCGCCAACAACGACCAGGAGGAGUUGUUCGACGACAUCCUGAGCGGUCAGUACGGCUUCCCCAGUCCUUACUGGGACGACGUCUCCGACUCGGCCAAGGACCUCAUCACACACAUGCUGCAGGCCAGCCAGGACUGUCGCGUCUCCGCUGAGGACGUCCUCGAUCAUCCCUGGCUCAUCACCAGAUAGCAUACAAUCCUCCUGUCUUCCUCCAAAAACACUUGGCACAUUUGAAACAUAUUCACGUGAUCACCUUCAACUGCCCUAUACAAUUCUCCACUAGGCAGAUUCGAUUUACCUAAUGUAAAUAAUCACGUGGCAAACUAUUUCUACCUACUGCCCGAUACUAUCCUACUGUAGAAAAUACUUGGUGGAUUUGAAGCAUAUUAUACUGUAAAUAAUCAGUUAAUGAACUAUAACUUCCUAUCUCCCCAUAAAAUCCUCCUAUCUUCCAAUUAAAAGCUUAAAUUGAAACAUUGGGUCGAUUGAAUAAAACUUAGAAUCUAGUGACUAGCACCUAGUUAUAGCUAUAAGCUCUUCGUUCUAGCUAUACAAAUAAGAUUUUCCAUUCGAAUCUAAUCCAAGCAUUUGCUUGAAAAGUACUUGGAACUAGCAAUUUCUAGUUUUUAUUUAAUCGACAUAUAAUAAUUAUGUAAAUAUCAACAUUUAUAUACACAAAGCUUUGUACAUACUUGAGCGUCAUGGACAGGCGUAUUUCACUUUUCAUCAGCUGAUAAUACCUGUAUUUACACAGAAACAAUAAGGUACAGAUAUAAUAACAGUAACAUUAGCUGAUGAAAAGUGAAAUACGCCUGCCUGUCCAUGACGUUAAAGUCUGUACAAAGCUCAAUAUCAACUUUAUACUGCCCGUUACAUUAAAUAAUAAUUACUAGUAGUUCUGUGAACAGUAGACCUCACGCAGUAUUCUCAUCCACAAGUACCUGAUGAAACUAUA